AUGUCCAAUACACUCCACGAGGAAAACACUCCCGACCUCAAAGUCGACGAGAGUCCCAUUUCCCCAAUCGAGCGCCGCAACUCCCUCGAGAAACACUUGCAACACCGACCAGAUGCUCAGGACUUGAAGAACCGCCACAUCCUCCUCGACACCAAUGUUGCUCCGGCCCUUCAAGCCAAACAGCACGAACUCGAGCGUCAACAACACUCGGACAGUCUGAGGAAGCAUCUUGAGAAGAGACCAGACCGAGAGGAACUGGUCGAACGAAACAUCCUGCCCGACUCCACCGCCGCCCCCGCCUUGCAGGCGAGCCAACGCAGUCUCGAAAAGCACAUGCGAGCAGAUAGCUUGGAACAGAAGAUCCAGCAAAGGCCCAAACCCGAACAAUUGAUCAAGGAGGGCAUUUUGGAGGCAGACGAGAACCGCUGA